AUCCUGGGUAGUGGGUACAUAGCUCUACUGUUGUGUUGACUGGAAACCAGAGGAAAGUAAACGGGGGAGGGUCUGACACGGCGGGGGACUUUUUAGCGAGUUACAAUGCUUCUUUCACGGUUUUGAACCGUCUCGGAGAACCAUGAGCCAACUUCGCCGGUCGUUUCGAAAUGGAGUGAACCACUCUUGAGCCCCGAAUACGAGUGCUUCUUGGAGGGGGACAGAGCGAACAUGAAGAAGCCGAGCGCCCUGCUCUCUGUUGUCGGCUUGACUGGGAAAUGGUAGCGUACUGUAUGAACCGCACUGGGAAGGAUCAUGGUCGAGAGGAGCAGCAAAUUCUUGUUGGUCGUCGUCGGAUCCGUGUGUUUUAUGCUGAUUCUCUAUCAGUACGUGGCUCCCGGGGUGAUCAAUUUCGGUUCCCCGCACGGUUAUUUCACGGAAGAAGACGAUGGGGACAUCUUCCCCACUCCGGACCCCCACUAUAUUAAGAAAUACUACUUUCCCGUCAGGGACCUGGAAAGGACGAUCGAUUUCCAAAUCAAAGGGGAGGACGUGAUUGUGUUUUUGCACAUCCAGAAGACCGGCGGGACUACCUUCGGCAGGCACCUGGUCCAGAAUGUUCGUCUGGAGGUUCCCUGCGACUGCAGACCGGGGCAGAAGAAGUGUACCUGCUACCGGCCGAACCGCAAGGAGACCUGGCUCUUCUCUCGGUUCUCCACCGGCUGGAGCUGCGGCUUGCACGCCGACUGGACCGAGCUCACCAACUGUGUGCCGGGGGUCCUCAACAAGAAGGAGAGCAAGCAGAAAAAUCUGAGGAAGUUCUACUACAUCACUCUGCUGAGGGACCCCGUGUCUCGCUACCUCAGCGAGUGGCGGCACGUGCAACGGGGAGCCACAUGGAAAACGUCUUUGCACAUGUGUGAUGGACGAACCCCAACACCAGAGGAGCUGCCUUCGUGCUACGAGGGGUCCGACUGGUCAGGGUGCACCCUGCAGCAGUUCAUGGAUUGUCCAUACAACCUGGCCAAUAACAGACAGGUCCGUAUGUUGGCUGACUUGAGUUUAGUCGGCUGCUACAACAUGUCCACAGUUCCAGAGAAGAAGAGGGCCCAGCUUCUGCUGGAGUCAGCCAAGAAGAACUUGAGAGACAUGGCUUUUUUUGGUCUGACUGAGUACCAGAGAAAAACCCAGUUCCUCUUCGAACGAACCUUCAGGUUGCGUUUCAUCCGGCCGUUCAUGCAGUAUAACACCACCCGGGCUGCAGGGGUGGACCUGGACAACACUACGGUCCAGCGUAUAGAAGAGCUAAACGAGCUGGACAUGGAACUCUACGACUACGCCAGGGACUUGUUCCAGCAGCGCUACCAGUACACCAGACAGCAGGAGAGGCGGCAGCAGCGCAUGAAGAACCACAUGCAGCAGAACCACCUGGGCAUCAACCUGUGGCCCUCCAGCGGCAGGCAAAGCUCUAUAUCAACACUGGAGGACAGGGAAGGGGAGCGGGAGGAGGGUGAAGAGGGAGGCAGGACGGAGGAGGUGGGCAGCAGGCUCCCCACUGAGGACUACAUGAACCAGAUCAUCAACCGGUGGUAGCAACCGAAUGAGAACAAACAACAGACAUGAAUAUGUAAUGUGAAAUACACGCCCAUAUACACGCACAGUUACAUUCACAAAGUGGCGCCUGCUUCAAAACCCAAAUGACUGACAAACAGACUUUACUACAGUUGGGCUGCAGAAAUCAGAGUCCAAGUGGGUUGCUAUGGCAACCUGAGCCCGGUUGAUUGCAUCGGCUCUGGUUGUUGAGGUUUACCCAGUUGUUAUUGCCGCCUGCUUGCCCUUUCCCCCCCCCCCCCUCUUUGCGUUCCUUUGUCUCUCCCAUCAUCAUUAAAUCCUAAGCAGACGGGAGAUCAUUUUUCCAAGUUGCAAACGACCGAAUAUUUGAUCCAACUCUCCCGUCUCCGCUUACUCUCCUGUAUUCCUCGCAUUCUCUAUGGCCUGAUGUGGAGCAUGAGAAAAAUUGAAGUCUCUGAAUUCCUACUCAUUCUUGCAAAAGGACCAGACAGCCUCCUGGAUGCUCCAGUUUCAAGGGGACUAGAGAGGCUGUGAAAGUGUGCUGAUGGCUAAGCCUAACAAAGAAAAUAAUGGGACAAAUGCAAGACUGUAUCAGGGGAGGGAAAAAAAAGGAACAUGGACAAAAGUUGGACUCUGUUGUGUAAUAAAAGCUUUGUGCUUACAUAAAUCAGCCAUUUCAUCUAUGAACACGCUUUGGUCCUGAAAUACUCUUAAUUCUCAUUUGUGAUGAUGAUUUAAUUAGUAUUUUCCUUUUAUGUUCAUGCUUUUUUAAAAGCAGAAUUGUAAUAUCACUGAGACCAACAUUGCUGCCUAAAGAAAAGUGAUUCCUUUAUUUUUAAUUGUUUUAUAAGUCAAAAUCUUAGGGAUUGGAUUUAUGAACAAGGACCAUAGCCAUUACUGAUGCCUUGCUUCUUGGAGGGGGGAGGGUUGCCUGGUUUUUUUUUCUGUUAAAGGUUCCCAAAGCUCAUGUCGCUUAACAGUUCAUUAUUUUUCCUUCUUUCUCCUUUUCUUUUGGAAGGGGGGGGGGUUCAGUCCUACAGAGACUGACAGCCAAUUACUGAGCUGCAUCUCACAUAGGUGUGAGAAAUCAAAGGCAGGGAAAGGGAGGGCGCUCUGCUGUAGGCUGUUGCCAGGAACUGUGCAGCGUGAGCGGCAAGCGCUUUGGAAGCCUUAACUCAGACAAAUGCUUGAGAUGGGAGCUGUGGAACUACCGGUCACCAUAGCAAUGUGAGCUCUUAAUGUAGUGGGUGGCAUUUUUAGCUUCUCUUAUUUUUUUCCCCCCCGACUGCGUUGUAAAAGCAGCAAUUUCACACAAACCUCCACCCCACUUUCUAAAAGAGCACACACAGCACUGGUGACCUGAAGUUCAUUAGUUGGUUUUACCCUGAAGGAUGGAGGGGGCGAGGUAGCAGUGCCUCUAUGUACUGGGAUCAUAGUCAAAAUAAUUAUUGCCAGAUAUUAUGUCUGCAUUAUACUACAGUAAUUUCUCUGACUACUCAUGAGUGGGGGAGUGUGUCUGUGUGUGUGUGAGUGUGUAAAUAGUAUGUAAAGUAUGCCUUUGACUGGUGUAAGUGUAUGCCUUUGUAAAUAUUGUGCCUGACUGACUGAGGAUGUCUGAGUUGUGUGAAUGACUGGUUUCAUGACCAAUGACUUUGCCAUUUAUUUUAUUUUAUUUUAUUUUUUUGGGGGGUGAUGGAGCAUGGCACAGCAGUGUGACCAUCACAGUGAUGCAAGCCCGUAAUACUCCCUGUCAUGUUCUUACUUUGCUUUCUCCAUUUUCUUGUCUCCUUCCCAUGACAUGAGUAUUUACAAGGACUGUGUUUUUACAGUUAAAAUAAUGAUGUACAUGUCCGAAAAUCUAGUAGACUCCAUUUUUAAGUCCAUUUGUGACCUCGGCAAAUCACUCUUUGAUUUGUUCAUGCAACACUCCAUAUGCAAACCUUGAGGG